AUGGCUAAAUCAAAGCAAACUCCCCAACCGAGUCAUCUGAGUGAGGAAAGAAUUUAUGAUUCGAGUGGCAGUGGGAACAGUCAAGACUCAGAUGUUGAGUCAGGUCUAACUUCCAAGGCUAAGAAGCUACCACUGAGGGAGACAAACAAGCCAAAAUCGUCAUCCAAGCUACCUUCAAAACAAAAGAAAUCUGUGCCUCCACCCUCUGAUACAACGUCGUCUGGUGAAGACGAAUCAAGCGAGAGCCAAGGUGAUGCCGAUGAACAUGAAGAUGAGGAGACCGGGAGUCAGGAGUCGAGCUCUGAAUCGAGUAAGCGAAGGUCCCCUGCAAGAGAAGCCGAACAACCAGCACGGAAGAAAAGCAAAUCAACAGCAACAGCAACAGCAACAGCAACCACUUCAACAGUACAAAUAGCUCCCAGGGCUUUCAAAGCACCCCAAGGCUACGAGCCCGUCAUUUUGUCAACCUCGGAUUUCGCAUCACAAAGUGCGUCACUAUUUGAAAAUCUACAGGGCAAGCAGGUCUGGCACAUCUCUGCCCCAGACUCGGUCCCCCUAGAUGUGAUCAAAGAGCUCGAUAUCCAAGCAGCAUUACAAGGCAAAGCCAUCCUGACCAAAGAUGGCAUCGACUAUAACAUGCAUCCAACGCAUCUGUCCAACGAUGUGCUACUACUACCGGGAGGAAAGCAUUCGACAUACGAGCAGAGCGAAUUGAGGAUAGCGAAGAGCUUUCAUCUUCGGCAGAUGAACAGCAAGCCCACGCACGAGACGCAAGACGACAUAGAGACACCCCUCAUUUUCACAGCGAUGGAAGAAGGAAAGGCGAGAAAACCCCGAGAGCAGCCAGAAGGCCUCAAGAUGCGAUACACCCCAUUCGGCGCCCCUCCUGCACCCCAGAAUGCUACUGGCCAGGAUGACGAGGACGUCGAGAUGACCACGGAAACCACAGCGUUCAAAGUACCCGAAGAGAUAGUGGGUGAACGAUCAAGCGGGAAGAAAUCGACAAAUGAGGCAGCCGAAACGCCGCGUGGAGAAAAACGGGGAAAGAAAGACAGGGAUGAAGAUAGAGGCACGGAUUCGAACAUCAAAAAGAAGAAGAAGAAUCGGAGACUGGUGGAUGAAUGA